AUGCACCUCAUCCCUGUCGGACUUUUGGCCCUGACGGCGCAGAUGGGCCUGGUUCUCUGUCGACCGAUGGGAGAUGGCGCCUCGGAGUCUGGGAAAGUCACCCCGGAAUGGACGUUCAGCAUGCCCAAUACCUAUGAGCACUCUGCCGACCUGCGCAGAGACCGCAAUCACGAUGCGGCGAUGAUGGGGCCCAGCACCCACGAAAACGAAAAAGUAUCCGACUGGUCACUUGAGACCGGCAUGGUGGAUACAGCUCCCACUCAACCGAAUACCGACGCUGCAAGGAUGAUCUCCCCCGACGGAAACAUGAAAGAGAAGGCCCCGGACUGGACACUCGGUAUGGGCGCGGACAUGGAUUCUGAACAAACCGACGCCAACUCGAAGAUUAUGGAUAGCAAGAAUCUCAACGCCAACGUCAAGCGCCAGACUGUUGUCCCGAUCCCCAGCUCGAGCGUUCCAGUAUCGCCUUCAGCCAGCCCUACUGCUUCCGCUACGACCAGUCCCACCCCAUCACCCACUGUCCCGAGUGACUAUGGUAGCUAUGGAGAGUAUGGGAACUACGGGGAUUAUGCAAGUUACGGAGACUAUGACGGCGCUAUCUUAAACAACAAAGAAAGGCAAUGCAAUCUGUGA